AUGUCGCGCCACAACUACAGACACGCAUCUACCUCUAGACAAAGCGAUCAGGGUCAUUUACUUCGAGGGCAAGCUUGCACUAAUUGCAGGUCUGCCGUUCACCUCUACAUUCAGCGAUGCGAUGGGGACAGACCUAUCUGUGGUCAGUGCACUCGGGCCACAAGGCUUGGCGACCCCUGCGAGUACAUUGAUCCUACCCGCACUAGGACCCAAAUCCUGGAAGACACGAUCGCAGACCUGAACGCCCGCAUCGAAGAACUUGAGCGGUCUGAAAGCGGACAGAGUAGCGCGCCUGGCAUUGUGCUGCAUCAACCAUACGACGACCCUAUCGGAAGCACUUCGAGCUAUCCAGGAAGUCCGGGUCAUCUUCAACCCUCCGCGCCGUCUAUAAGCAGCCGGAUAAGCUCUUCGAUUCAACAAAGGGCCGGCUCUUUGGAAAGCCAGCUAGAGGAGCCUCCACAACAAGAAAGACAAGCAUUACUUGAUAGUUUCCUGAGCCAUGCGUCGCAGUUUGGUUUCUUCUUAGACAGGCAGCGCUUUAGGCAAUCUGCCAUGCUACCCUUACCAUUGGGUGACCAUUCCCGGCCUUCCCCCUCUCUGCUCGCAACUGCAUAUUUGAUAGGCCAUACCCUUUCUCAACAAGGGGGAUUUUCGCAGCUCGAAAGCUCGCUCCUCACAGACGCGCUGCGAGCGACGGCUACCAUGGCGUUCGACACGCACCCGCAUCAUGUCAUACAUAGAACACAAGUCGAGAUACUCCUUUCGAACUAUUUCUUCCGGAAUGCGCGAUUUUUAGAGGCUAGACACCAUGCAAGCAAUGCGUGCUCCCUCGCGGCGGCAUGCUCUCUGCAUAGACUAGAGAUCGUCUCAGGAAACGUCGCUGUAGAGGCCCCUCAGACCCAGCUUCCUCCCCCAAGCGACGAAAGCGAGAUUGUCGAGAGGAUUGCUGCUUUUUGGGCCGUUUACGCUCUCCAUAACUUAUGGUCCGCUUCCCUCAGCACUCCGAUAUCGCUUUCGUUCGACGUUACCAGUCAAAUCAACAUCCCUUGGCCGUCAGAAGUAGAUAGAGAACGUAGGCCGGUCGGUGGCGAACUAGACUUUGCUUCGAAUGAUAUUGUCCGCCGUUACUUGGCUGGAGAUCAAGAUCAAAGUAUAGCCGGCUCAGGCCUUCCUGCUCUAUUCACCAAGACAUCCGUUCUCUUUGAACGGGCUACGAACCUCUCGGCACGAUUCACAUCGGCUGACCAAAUCGGCGAUGCAGAAGCUAUGUCAAGGGAACUCGACACUCUUACAAUCCUAGUAGAGAGCAUUAGAAGCCAGCUUCCUAGUCUAACACCAAUACUCGACUCAAAUUUCCCAUCUAUGCGAUUAGCUGUCGUCACUCAUGCAUUAGUAGAUGCUACCGUCAUAAAAUUAAAUGCACCAUUUUCCCAGCAGGACCAAGCCGCUCUUCAAAGAUGCAUCUCUGCGGCCCAACGCAUCAUUAAUUCGGCCGAUAACCCUCUGCUCCUACAGUUGGGAGUUGUCAAUCCAAUUAUGGCGGUUGUAUGGCCCAUGGCAUGUCAAGUCAUCAUGCACGAGAUCGUUCGCCUACAAGUCAACAGGGCGGUGUGGACUCAAGGCCAUCCUUCCGAUGAAGAGUUACAACGGCGUUCAGAGGUCGAGGUCUGUAUCCAAAUCAUGGGCGCUUUUACCGCACAAUCCAGCUUCAUGGACACACAGCUCUCCAAGGUUCAGCUUGCCUACGCAAACAUAAAUACAUAG